CGUGACGUCUCCCGACGUCAGUUUGUUUGCGGGUGCGCUCGCGAGAGGGCUUCGUUCUCGCGCGUUCCAAACCGUCGCUGCGUCGGCCACGGAGGCUGCCUUCGUUUUUCGCCCAUAUUUCUUCGCGAGUGUGAUCGCUUUGGUUUGGAUUAACUAUGAGCAUCCACACGUUGCUGCAAGCUGCUGAAUACAUCGAACGGCGAGAGCGGGAAGCCGAGCAUGGCUAUGCGUCCACUAUGCCGAUUCCUGUCGAUCUCCCGAAGAAGAAGCCGAAGGCGAAGAAGACUCAAGGGAACAGGACCACUCAUAACGAGCUUGAGAAAAACAGGCGGGCCCACUUGCGCAACUGCCUGGAGAAGCUCAAGGAAAUGGUGCCGUUGGGACCUGAGGCGAACCGCCACACUACGCUAGGCCUGCUGAACAAGGCCAAAGUCUUCAUCAAGACGCUGGAGGAGAAGGACCGCAAGAGUCAGAUGGUGAAAGAGCAGCUGAUGCGCGAGCAGAGGUUUCUCAAGAGGAGGCUGCACCACCUGGACGGAGUCUCCUCCCCGCCCAGCCACAAGAGGCGCAGCGUGAGCGAGUGCAGCUCCGGCUCGUCGUCGUCGCGCUCGUCCACUUCGGAGACCGAUGAAGUGGACAUCAUGGGCUACAACAGCAACCAAAGUGACACGGACGACCACAGCAGUAUCCAGAGCAUGACCAGCGACGGCGGCAUGGCCAUUUCGACCAAGAGGCUCUGCCUAGUGGAGGAGCACACCGUCUAGGCCUUCAUCCACACCGAUGACUCCGAUCCCCUUGGCACAAACCGACCCUCCCCGUUCUCGCUCUUGGCCUCUUUCGCACCCGAGCACCAUGCGAGUGACCAGCUGCAUGGUGCGCACCAGAAAGAGAACCAGCGGCACCCCCUCCCGCCCUCGUCCGAAACCACCACGCUAGCGAACAGAGAUGUGUGUCCAGUAAUAACGCCAGUGCAGCCACCGCUGCGAAGCAAGCAAUAUACCGUUUCUACCAUUGAAGCCGCCGCCUCGGUAGGCAACUGUUCCGCGCUUCUUUCCAUGAUGCCUGUGCAAGAGAGUCGGUCGGGGUCUGUCCUCUUUCUUCGCGCGCUGUUUUCUCGUCUCGCUGUCCCCUCCCCGCAUUGCACAUCCUUCCCAUUCGGUUGCCUCCUUCUUGGCAAUGCAAUAUGUCAGCUUAGCACCACUGGCACAUCCGAAUUACAACUCCAUUGUUGAUCGCAUUUUUGGAAGGAAGGAAAAAUCCAUGGUUUCGGGAGUUGUGCUGAUUUUGAGGGGCGGCAGCAGUUUUCUUUCUCUCUUUUCUUUCUGUGGUGAAUACGAACUAUUUAUUUGCAAUAUUUCGUCGUGAAAGGGCAUGCGAAUGCAUGUGCGUGUGUCUGUGUAUACUCACUCGUGCGCAUGUCUCCGAGUGUGUUUGUCCGUGAAGUGUGUAUUUGUGCAAGUCUGGCGAGGGAGUCAUGCUUUCUUGUUUAGUAGAAACAAACAAAAAAAUGUUCAUAUACGGACUUUAAUGUGUGAGCACCCCAGUGUUGCGCACUCUCUUUAUUUUUUGCGAUAUAUUUUUUUGGAGGGUACGCAGGUCAUGUGUCUAAUGUCGUAUACACCCUCGUUCGUGUGACUGAGUAUGUGUGUCCAAAGAGAAACAGGGUGCGAGUUGUUUAUAUGGUUGUGUGGACGAGUCGAUCUGGCUUCUGCACGUGGGGCUUGCAGUGGUUUUUAUUUUUUCCUGCACCUUCCGUCAGAGGCAUCUAGCGACGAUUUUAUUGUACAUUUUUCCUCGUUUUUACUCUCGGCCUGGGGUUAGCACAUCUCGCCUUUUUUUUUUAUCCAUCACCAUAUUCAUUGUACAUUUUUUCUGUUCUACGCGCAAACACUAGAGGGUGACGUUGGCUGGCAUCCCGAGAAAGCGCCGGUUGGGCGCGAAAUGGUAGCUGCGAUCGCUUACGGGCCUGUUUACACGUUCCAGCAAACAUCGGGUGUUUGCUCGUAGCCUGGCCAGCUUAUACGGCCGACGCUACUCGCUAGCACGUCCGCUUUACGUUAAACUUCUCGAGUCUCCAUUCAAGCCAUUCUAGCGGCCGUUGCAGCCUGAAGUACGCUUACAUCGUGCUGCGGGCACAAUGGGCAAGGAUGCCGAGCGCUUCAUGUCGCCAAAUGUGUAGCGAAGGAAUGGGUACAGCCACGUGGCGUCCUCGGUCGACCUUGCUGUGCUGCAUGUUCGUCCUUGAGCGAUGUGCAGUCCAAGGGGCGACGGUUGGCUCGAGCGUCUGUCCCAGUGAUUUUGUUCGUAUGCUGUCGACAUUCACUCUGCAGUGGUUGUGGCAGCGAGUCGGCUGCGCUUUUUCGGGUGUCGUCCAGCGUCGCCGCUCGAGGAGACUUGUGUACCUUGCCGGUGAAAGAGCGUCGUCUCCCGCGUCGAGAAUGACGGCACGUUCGAUCAUUCACAUGCAUUUCUGGAGGCAGGUCUUGCAUCCAUCGCAGUGCGGGAUCGUUAGGGAACAACUGCAUUCUCGCGGGCACGACUCCCGCUCGCCGCCCCUGCCAUCCCGAGAAUCAGUAUUGCAGCUCCCAAACUGCGCGUCUGCCACCCUUGUACCUGGGACGCCUGGCGAGCGUCGCCGCUGCGUACUCUCCAGCAGGCGUGUAUGCACCUUCCCGUUCCGUUGUGCGGUUUUGCCCAAUUGGGAGUUUCGCUGUGCUUUUCUUCCUUUUUUUUUUCGGCCGUUGCUGCGCUUCGACGUGAAAUAGUCUCCUCGCAUUUUCCCCAGUGAUCUUUCCCUGCCGGCGGCUUUCGGUCGCCGCAGGCCGGUGCGAGUCCUUUCGACUGGAGUGCCCUCCGAGGCAACGCUCUUCCAGUUUAUUUUGCCGCUGCCACCCAGCCGCACACGAGCGUCUUCUGAGAACAAAGCGUAGUGCAUGUAUUUGUUUUUGUUUCUCCGGUGUUCGUUCUUGUUUUUAUCCCGUCGGUCCCGUCUCACGGGCGCUUUUCCCGACCCGCUGUCAUUCAGUGAGUCGAAGCAGUCGUCUUGAAGCGUUGCCCUCCGGUAGGAUCUUUUGCUCUCAAGCAAAACAGUCUCGUAGUUAUUUUCGGGGGUUGACUUUUUAAUUAGUCUUACGCAAAAGGGCGCAUCCCAGUGAACGCUUUUCGAGCGAUGCUCGAGGCAUUCGGCAUCGCAUUUCGGAAAGCUCUUUCCGCCAUUGAGAAUCCCGAUGUCGUUGACAGUUUGUCUUGAUGCAGAAGUGCGUGCGAACGUAACCUAUGGGCAUUAUUCGCACCAAAUCGCAUACGCCGCCUCCGAAACGCCCAGCAGGCAUUGUCAAGUGUUGCGCAUCCGUCAUUUCGUGCGACCCUGUGGUUUUGUUUUCGUUUUUUUUUUCUUGUCUUUGUCCCGGUUGUACACCGACAAGUUUCCCGUCCAAAGGAGAAAAAAAAGGUCAAAAAAAAGAGGAAAAGAGAAAGGAAAGAAAAAAAGUUUUUUUUUUUUUUUUCGAGUGCAAGAGCAAAGACAAGUCCCUUAUUCCAGUCGGCCAUGCGUCGGCAGGUUCGUAGACAGCCGGUUGGGAAGAACGAAAAAGAGAGAAUCUCGGCCUCCCGGCCUUCAGUACAAAGUCCGCCUGCUCUCGCAUGAAGGUUAAUUUCUCCCCCUUUUCUUGUUUGUUGUCGAUCUUCGCCACACGCCCUCGCAGCUACACGAGCAGCUGUGCUCUGCAGCAGCCCCUACCGCGCGAUUGGCAGGCGGUCUUCUCGCCGUUGGGAUCGGAGUGAGAAUGCGUGUCGUGCGCGCGCAUCACUUCGUUUGCCGACGCUGCGGGGCCCUUCCGCAUUUCUUCCGAUGCCGUUGAGAUACUCCCGAGGAAGCACUUUAUUAUUAUGGCUGUGUGUGGUUCGUGGCGAACAGAAACGCAGAUUGGAGACUGGUUCGUUUUCCGAUCGUCAUUCAGGUCUCUUAGAUUCCUGCUUAUGCGCGAUUGCGGGAGCGAAGCCAGCCGAAUGCUGUGUGCCAACUGCCAAUGCAGCGGGCCCCAGAACCGUCGUGGACGCGUUUGCAUUCAUUUUUCUUUCUUUUUGGUGACUCACCGCAACGUAGACCCCGUUGUGAGUGGAGGAGUGUCCCCUGCGUGUGCUGUGCUUGCGCGUGGUGUAGCAUGGUGUUGUGCUGUCCAAGCAGGCCCGUGUACGAGGCCCUUGCAGGCGUGUUACUCCUGACUUGACGCGAAGGUUUUCCUUAAAGGAAUGUGACGAGGCUUUGCUCGCGAAAACGUUAUCUUCUUUCCAGCCCUUCCUCUUAGCACCCAAGUUCCUUCUCGUCGUUGUACUGCUUUUUCGACACGGCGCUGAGCCUAUUGCUGCUCUUUUAUCGUCUUUUUUUUUUUCGCUUAUCCUGGGAAAGUUCCGUGUUCUUUUCCCACGAAUCUUAGGUUUGGCGAUUGCUUUGCAUGAUUUUUUAUAAAAUGUCUGCUGCCAUGGCUUCUCUGACAUUCAAAACGAGUAGUAGUCAUUUUCCAAGGAUCUCGAGCACAGUUUUGCGAUGUUCCUGCAACAAAACAAAGUUAUGUACACACCCCUUCCGUAUCCCUGUCCACCUCCUCUGUCUCCCCUUCCGCGCGCCCAUAUGCUGUGUGUUUAGAAUCUGACUGUAAUAAAUAUGUACAUAAAAUGGUAAUAUAAUAUAUAUAUAUACAUAAUAUAUAUGUAUAUAUAUAUACGUACAUAUAUAUAUAUAUAUUUAUAAUGAAUGUCUAUAGAAGCAACUGUGAGGCAAGUACAAUGAAAGAACGCAAGCGUCUUUUCGUUCUUUUUUUUUUUUUUUUGUAACCUGCUUUGUGAUGAGCAUCUCUGUGUUUUGGGUGAGCUCUCCCGACCCCACAAUCACGUUGUGCACGGGCGCGCCCGCCUUGGCCGCGCUUCGGGGGUACCCCUUCUCUAAAGAGUAGUGCGUCUUUCAGAAUCAACUUUCCUGUACAUACUUCAUGUGUCUAUACGAUGUUAUUCUGUUUCAUUUUUCCUAAAAUAAAACGUUAUUUCACGUA